GUGGGCGACCCUGAGAGACGAUAAGGACGAGCUUCCCGAGGACUUCCUCCACCAGCUGUUCCAGUGGGCGUUGGAGUCCUUGGCCUAGUGACUAUCAACAGACGUCUAGGUUGCCUGGAGAACACGCCGGAGGCCCUACGGAUGAUAGAGAUCGCGGAUGACCUCGUCCGCAGCAUCCAUGGCCUGGAGAUGGGGUCACUCGUCCGCUGGUGGAGGUGGGUCGACACACCGGCGCUCAGGAGACUCAGGAAAGCACAUGAUGAGAUGCUGAGCUUCGUCCACGCGGCCGUUCAAGAAUCCCAACAGUCGCUCCAGUCCCGACGUCCGGACUCCGAGGAGGACUUGAACAUCGUCGAGAACCUCCUCCUCGACCCUGUCUUGACUUACGAGGACGUCCAUGCCUUCCUCAUCGACGUAUUUUUCGCCGGGAUUGACACGACCUCCCUCUCCUCCACCUACACCAUAAUGAGACUGGCGCAGAACCCAGACAAGCAAGAAAAAUUACAGGAAGAACUAGACCGUGUUCUGGGAAACGGCGAGCAAGUCAUCAGUCCUGACCAUAUAAAGGAACUCCGGUAUCUCAAAGCCUGUGUGAAGGAGGCUCUAAGGUUGGACCCGCCAAUCAUCUGUGUCGUGAGAAAAACCACGAGAGAUAUGGUACUUCGCGGCUUCUUGGUGCCAAAAGGGACCAACAUGCAGCUCUACACUCGAGCCUCGAGUAGGAGCGAGGAGUUCUUCCCGAGGGCGACCGAGUUCCUCCCCGAGCGGUGGCUGAGGGAGACGUCGGCCUCGAACUCCGUCCAUCCCUACGCCUCCCUGCCCUUCGGCGCCGGGGUCAGGAACUGCGCCGGGAGGAGGUUCGCCGAGCAGGAGAUUCAUAUACUGCUGGCUCGGAUGUUCCACAAGUACCGACUGGAGUGGCGAUACGAUCCCUUGGCGCCGACCUUCAGCAUGCUCAUGAUGCCAGAUAAGCCCCUGAGGUUCACCAUGAGGGAGAGGCGAUGAAGGAACCAGCCAGGACUGCUUUUGUUUUCUCUUGUUUUUCUUUUUUUUUCUUUUCUUUUCUUAGUUUUCGGUGCCAAAGUUAGAUCUUAUUGUUAUGUUAAAGAGUUUUAUUGGCAUUUUUUUUUCUUUUCUUAGCUUUCUGUGCCAAAGUUAGAUCUUAGUGUUAUAUUAAAGGGUCUUAUUGGUAAUUUUUGUCUUUGAAUUUUGGUGUGCGGUAUUUGUAUUGCAUGAUGUAAUGAGACAUGCAUAUGCAUACGCACACAACGCGCGCGCGCGCGCACACACAC